CCCUGACACACUCUACCAAGCUCCCAGACAACUGAGAAGAGAACACCUCGAAAGAUCUUCCAGAGAUGGCAAAGGUUUUCAAGAAGACCAGUGGAAACGGAGGGCUGACCCUCUACCUGGGGAAGAGAGACUAUGUGGACCACGUGAAGGAAGUGGACAAAGUUGAGGGUGUUGUCAAGCUGGACCCAGCAGACUUCGGAGACAGGAAAGUGUUUGUGCAGCUGGCAUGUGCCUUCCGCUACGGCAGCGAUGACCUGGAUGUGAUGGGUCUGUGCUUCAGGAAGGACAUCUGGAUCCAACAUGUCCAGAUCUACCCUGAGUGCCACAAGCCCACUCUGACCCCCAUGCACGACACCCUGCUGAAGAAGGCUGGAGACAACUCACACCCUUUCACUUUCGAAAUUCCCAUUGACCUGCCAUGCUCAGUGUCUCUGCAGCCUGGACCAGAUGACAAGGGGAAGGCCUGUGGUGUCGACUUCGAGGUCAAAACUUACCUUGCCAAGGAAAAGUGCAACCCUGAUGAGAAGAUUGAAAAGAAGGACACAGCUCGCCUUAUCAUUCGUAAAAUCCAGUACGCCCCCUCUCAGGUGGGCGCCGGACCCAAGGCUGACCUCUGCAAAAGCUUCAUGAUGUCCGACAAGCCUGUUCACGUAGAAGCUUCAAUGGAGAAAGAUCUCUACUUCCAUGGCGAAUCAAUCCCAAUCAAAAUCAAAAUCAACAACGAGAGCAACAAAACCGUCAAGAAAUUCAAAAUCACUGUGGACCAAACCACGGACAUCGUCCUCUACUCGGCAGACAAAUACACUAAGACUGUUCUCACCCAAGAGUUUUCAGAGACAGUAGAGCCCAACGGCACCUACGAGAACACUCUGAGCAUCACCCCGCUGCUGUCUGAAAACAAGGAGAAGAGAGGGCUCGCACUGGAUGGACGACUCAAGGAUGAGGACACUAACUUGGCCUCCACCACUGUGCUGCGACCAGGAUUAGAAAAAGAAGUGAUGGGAAUCUUGGUUUCCUACAAGGUUAAAAUUAACCUCAUGGUGGCCGGAGGAGGCCUGCUGGGCGGCCUCACUGCCAGUGACGUCACAGUGGAGCUGCCAUUGUUGCUCAUGCACCCCAAACCUGAAGAGUAAAGACUGCACAUCAGCUGUCUUGAAAGAAAACUCCCCCAUAGUCAAGAGAGGAUGUUACCCUGGAGGUUGAGGAGAAACCCACAGAAAGACAAUGAGGGGAAAUGACACAAACCAAAGAAGAAGAAGGAUGUGACGGUGUAAUGAAUCCAAAUAACAUUCACCAAGCAACAGAGGAGAAUUACCUUGAGAAUACACCAAGGAUAUACCAGAUGCGAUGGUCCCCUCACAGAUUUUGUUGUCCUUGUUUUGUUUAAUUGAUGUGGUUUAGCUGUAUAGAGGGAGUAUUCUGACUCAGAAGUAGUAUCCAACAUUUAGAGACCAAAGACGUGCGUAGAAUCAGACAUACAUACCAGUACAAAAUAAAAAUCCCUUUCACCUCACAUCAGAGUGUGAGAGGGGGGAGUCACUCAAGCCACUGUGCUUUGGAUUAGUGAUACGCUCAUCUGUUAUUAUGAGUGGCACUUUUCUCCUUCUGUGAAAUAUAUCAGAUAACAGUGUGUUUUUGACAUCAUGUAAAA